GCCCGGUCAGGCGGCGGGGCCGCCUCUCUCCUUCCGGGAGCGGCGCGCACCCGUUGGCGGGGACCGGGAGCGGCGUUUGUUGACUUCCUCGAAGGCGGCGGGGGCGGCGCCGAGCCCCGGGAAUUCCCCGCGGUGGCGGAGGCCGAAACCGCGGCCGGGCCGGCGGGGUGGGGGCGAUGGGCGCCCGAGGGGGCCCGAGCGGAGACCGCGAGGGGCGGCGCUGCCUCGCCGCCGAGCUGAGCGCCCGCCGCUGACCCGCCCGGCCGAGCGGGGCCCGGACAGCUUACCCAGAUGUUCAGGAUAGAUGAGCUACAGUGAUCUGGAGUGUGAGCUCAGAGACAGUGCAUUUCCAUUUCCUGAAGGCAAUAAAACGAAAGUGCUCUGGAGGUCUGAUGUGGCUCCCAUGCUGACGUGUUUCUGAAGGAGCACCGAGUGCGCUGGGACGGCCGGGCUGUGCCCCUGUGCUCAGGGACUCGUGGGAGGGCGCUGGGCCUGUGGACUUCGGCCAUACGGAGCAAUGAACAGCAGCCAAAGUAGCAGCUGCUAAGAUGUGUGAGUCUGUCAUGGAGGAGUUAGUAGAGGAUGACAUCUGUAUUUUGAACCAUGAAAAAGCAGACAAUGCUCACAAGAGAGACAGCGAUAUUCCUGUUCCAUCCUAUAGUGGAGAUGAGUCUGUUGCCUCACACUUUGCACUUGUCACUGCAUAUGAAGAUAUCAAGAAACGACUGAAGGAGACAGAGAAGGAAAACUCCUUCUUAAAAAAAAAAGUGAGAAUUUUAGAAGAGAAGGUGCUUGGCUCCCGGAUGGAAGAGGAAUGCAGCUCCGUUGGGCGGGAACAAGUCAAUAAGGCCUACCAAGCCUAUCGAGAGGCCUGCAUCGACCGCGACCAUUUGAAAAGCAAACUGGAAAAAAUGGCAAAAGAAAGUGCGGAAUCCUUGAAAAACUUGAACGAACAGUUGCAAUCUAAAGAAGUAGAGCUGUUACAACUAAGAACUGAAGUGGAAACCCAGCAAGUGAUAAAAAGUCUCAAUUGUACUCAGGCUAACUGGGAAUUAGAGAAGCUGAACAGUGACCUGAAAGUGCAUAGUCUGGAACAGGAUCUAGAAAAACUCAAGGAAGAGUGCAACAGUCUCAGAAAGGAGUUGCAAAAUUCCAAGCAGAAGGACCAGACUCAAGAGGAAAAUCCAUUACAUGGAGACCACCUUCAAAAGCAAGACAUCCAGAGUUUGCAACAAAUAUAUUGGGACCUGAAGAGAGAAAUGUCCAAUUUGCGUGUAGUGACUGACAAGCAAGCUGAGGUCCUACGAAAACUGAAAAGGAGCCCACCAGGAGCCAAGAAAGCUGCCUGUACUGCACCAGUGCAAUGUGUUGACUUGAACAUUUCAAAGGUGAAUUUGACAUCUGGGGUAGUCUAUAAAAACCUGUCACAAAAUGAUAAAGCCCUCGGCAAUGCUGUGUCUCCCCCUCUGCUGAGAGAUGCCCGUGUCCCAUCAGAAAGGGUGACCCUACAAGCUUGGACAGAUGAGAGACCAAUUCCAGCUGAUGGCAAAACGUUUCAGGAACACCAUUCCUACGGAAAGAGCUCUCUGGAAGAUAAUUCCUGGGUAUUCCCAAGUCCUCCAAAGCCCAAUGAGAAUAUUUUUUGGGAAAUGAAAAAUAAUCCAACUCUGUUAAACUGUCCAGCAGAUUACCUGGAUCAAUGUAAUCAAAACUGUCUGCACAAGAGUUAAACAAUUUUUAGAAUGAACUGAGGCAUUUUUGGAGUGAUUCUGAAUAGGCACCUUAAUGCUUGAACUUUUAAGGAGAGAAAACAAAUUGCUUGAAAUGUUCUUUCUUUAUUUUUAAUUCUAGUUCCAAAUCAGAAAGCCUAGUCUUCCUCUGCUGUAAAUCAGGAGUGAGUUCCUUGAUGUUAAAGCUGUGCUGGUAUAAUGUAAAUACAAAGAAAUCUAGCACGGGGCCUAGAUAGUCUUGUACUGCAAAUGACAUGCAUUUGCUAAAGGUAAAUGAAAAGUGAGUUUGUGGAAUAAAAAAAAUAAUCCAG